AAAAUAAAAUUUAAUAAAUCUUUUUUAAAAAUGAGAUUCGCUCCACUUUGUAAACCUUAAAAUGUCCCGUAAAGGUCCAUUCCAUGCCUCCAUGCCUGAGGCACAAAUACUCCAUCCAUUCCCCUUCUAUAGACUGUGCACGUGGUCUAGGUGAGAAAAGGAUUUCCCAACUGCCAGAUCCCAGAGGAAGAAAUGUGGUAAAAUGAACAGAGCACUGGAAGGAGAGUUGAGCUCCUCGGGGUCCAGGCCUGGGAACGCCAGCUGCCAAGGGGACUCCAAGUCCCGUUACCCCUGGAAGCUUUCAUUUCCCCAUGUGUAGAAUGAGGGAGCCACACGAGGUCUUCCAGCCCUUCGAUUGGUUCUGCGCCUAGAAAAGGCUGAAUUAGGGCCCCGUCACUGCCUUCAUCAGCAACCUUUCCCACAUUGGGGUCUUCGAAGUCUACACUUUGUUACAAGCAGGUUCCUGUGAGCAGGAAAGCACACAGACCAAUGGGAAGUAAGGGCUAUUCCUGUCCUGAGGCCCGCCUCCUGAUGCUUCUCUGCCAGCACAAGAUCCCUGCGUGCCCAGUGCAGUGGGAUGAGGGAGGGGGGCGUCUGGUCCCACUGAGCUGAGACAAGGAGGGGAAGGUGGGGAACACAGAUUCCAUUUGCCAUUAGAGCCCUGGAGCCAUCCGAGUGGGCCCUGGUGGUGGUUGCCUACUUCCAUUGAAGCCUCGGUUCUGUGUCCACCACAUGGGAGUCCUUUUCCUUCAUUCCUUGGUGAUGCUGACCACACAUGUCCCUUGGCUACCACUUACAUACAGACAAGCGCACAUGUGCAUACUGUGUAUAAACAUAGGUAUGUAAUCUCUAACACUGUGUAGCAUAUAUUAUACACGUGUAUAUGACAUAACGUGUGCAUUUUAAAUGUACGUAUGUAUAAAUAUAAAACGUGACAGACUUGAGCUGCACAUAUUUCUACAGAAUGGAGCUCUCCUUUGUUCCCAGCUAAUUUUCUACCUCUUUACACCGGUUAUUCCCCUGGAGAAUCCGCACAGAACCACUCACCUGGGCGGAUAGACACUAGGGGGAAGGUUUCUCCAAGAUCCCAUAAACAUAGCCACGAGAGACAGGAAGAGGUCAUGGACUCUCCUAGACAGACCCACCCACUUGUCACACAGAGAUUCAGAAAUGGAAGGGUGGGUGAAUAGAAAAGAAUAAUCUUUAGGUAAAUGGAGUCAGUGAGAGCUGGCAGAGUGAGUGAGGGAAGCUCAGUAGAGGCAAAGAGUUUUUAGGAUAGAGCCAAAGUCAACUGAACCCCUAAAAAAUGAGAGAGAAAACGGAAGGAAAGAAAGGCAGAAACAAUCCCAGAUGAGCUGGGCAGGUUAGAAAGAAAAGCAAGCAGCAGGUAAUGGAGAUUCUCCAUUUCAGGUAUGAUCACUCCUUCUACAAGGAUAUGGAAACACUCAUUUUUUGUUCAAUUCAGAAUAAAAAAUAUUUUUUAAAUGGGUAAGCAGAAGAAUGAGUAGGUAAUGGGUGAUAACAGUUGGCAAUGAAAAGCACAACAUUAAUUCAUUUGAAUUUCAUCAAUCCUCAAUACUCAAUCCAUCAGUACUCAGAGAGGCUGAGUAACUUGCUCGUAUCCAAGUGGGAUCUGAACCCAGGUCUCCCAAACUGCGCCCACUAGGCAGUGCAAGGCCAUAAGAGACCAAUGUACUUUGACUCCCUGGGGCAGGAAUCGAGCUAGGGCACUCUCUGGUAAAGGAAAGACCUCAAAAGGGCUCGGCCGGGCCAGGCCUUUCCAAAGGGAACUUGGGCGGGGCGUGGAACCCCGUGGGGCUUGGCGGGGCAUCCCCGCCCCAUGCGUUGGGCACCAACAGCCCCACAGCUGGGAAGCCGGCGCCGUCUCCCCCGCCCAGGCCGAGUAUAUCCAGCCCUCCCCCAUCAGUCACUUCCUCGUUCCCCGGUCCUCGGGGAGCAGUAAAGUGCACGGAUCCUGGGAGGGGGCAGGAGGGGAGAUGUCAGAACCGCCUCCUUCCUCUUUCCUGCCAGGCUCUGCGGGCCAGAUGAUUGCAGCACGCGCAGGCUGACGUCUGGGGGCCGGCGGGCGGCCAGGGGCGCGAUGCUGAACCUCCUGGACAGCCCUGCUGUGUCCUGGGCAGCCUGGGGGUCGCCGCCGUCCCCUCCGAGGAGUCUUCCCCAGAACAACCGGACCUGGUUUCCUUUUUUCUCGGAGUUCAAGGGGGACCGCUGGCUGACCCUGAGUGCCCUGGAGUCGGCAGCGCUAGCCCUGGUCUUUGCGGUAUCCCUGCUGGGCAAUGUGUGUGCCAUUCAGCUAUUGGCGCGCCAGCGGCGCCGGGGCACGGCCACCUGCCUAGUGCUCAACCUCUUCUGCGCUGACCUGCUCUUCAUCACAGCCAUCCCGCCGGUGCUGGCCGUGCGCUGGACCGAGGCGUGGCUGCUGGGCGACCUCGCCUGCCACCUGCUCGUCUAUGUGAUGAGCCUCAGCGGCAGCGUCACCAUCCUCUCGCUGGCUGCCGUCAGCCUGGAACGUUUGGUAUGCAUCGUGCGCAUGCAGCCCAGCGCACAGGGACUAGGUCCGGCGUCCCGCGGCGCGCUGCUGGUGCUCAUCUGGAUCUACGCGGCUGUGUCCUCGCUGCCACUCGGCGUCUUCUUCUCCGUGCGCCGCCAGCUAUUAGACGGCCACAACGAGGAAGUUCAGAUUUGUACACUGGUCUGGCCAGGCAUCGCAGGAGAGAUCUCUUGGGAUGUGUUGUUUGCGAUUUUGAACUUUUUGGUACCAGGAUUGGUUAUUGUGAUCAGUUACUCCAAAAUCUUACAGAUUACAAAAGCUUCCAGAAAAAGGUUAAAUGCCAACCUGGCCUAUUCAGAAGACCACCACCUCCGGGUGUCCCAUCAGGAUUACAAACUCUUCCGGACUCUUUUGGUGCUCAUGAUCUCAUUUUUCAUCAUGUGGAGCCCUAUCAUCAUCACCAUCUUCCUUAUCUUAAUCCAGAAUUUCCAACAGGACCUGGUGAUCUGGCCAUCGCUUUUCUUCUGGAUUGUGGUGUUUACCUUUGCCAAUUCAGCUGUCAACCCUAUUUUGUAUAGUGCCUCCCACUUCCAGAAGGAGUGGUGGCGGGUCCUCUUCUCCUGCUCAGCUCUUCCUGAGAAUAAUGGAGGGGCCACAGACACAUCGAUGAGAAGAAAUGACUUGUCUGUGGUUACUGCCUGAUGAGGAUACCCACAUGGAUUUAACAAAUGGGGAGGUUAUGGACUCUUUUUCCCCUGCGAGCAUUUUGCUUGACUGUAGUAUAUACAUGAGUGGGUUUAAUUUCACUGUUGAGGAUAGGUAUGACAUGGCUUUUCUCAUGGUGGUGAAUUUCUAGGACCCUCAUGACCAAUGUGCCCUCCUUUAAGAAAAUUUAUUAUGUGAAAUUUGACUUUUACAGAAAUGCUAAAAUGAGAGAAGGUGCUUAUUCACCAUAACUAAAUAUUCUUGGUUUUACAAAAGGAUCCAUCUCAUGGUUCCCUUAAUUUGUGAUUAGUCUGGUGCACUAAAAAUGAGAUUCAGUUGGUUAAAAUGUGAUUUAUUGAUAACUUUUAAAUUUAUGUAUAAUUUAUCCAAAUUUUAUCAAUUCUGUUAAAAUUUUAAGAUGUAUCUUCCUGGUUGUACUAAGCUUGUUAAUGGUCCCAAAGUCAAACCCAGCUCAAACAGUUUUUUCCUUGGGGAUCAUCAUCCUCCAUGAAAGCUAUUCUGUCCCUUCUUUCUUUCCCCCAGGCUAUCUUGUGGUAUCUUGGGGUAUCAAGUGAUAUCUUGGGGUAUCUUCAGUUUUCUCAAGACUUUCCAUGAAUUUUCUCAAGCAUAAUUAACUCAAUUCCGCACUCAAGGAAAGGAAGGACCAAGGAUGGGAAAUGAUUCGAUUUUACACAACAGAAGCUGCCUCCAGAAAGCCAAGACACAUCUGGAUCUUAGACUUCCAUCAGUAUUUCCAAUCACUGCCCAGGGAGAAUCCCAACCAAGCCACCAUCAUGUCCCCUUUCCACCAGAAAUUUUUCUAAUUGAUUUUCCUUGGAAUAGACUUCUAAUGAAAUAAGGUCUAUAGCCAUUAUGGGUCUGAAACUUUAUAACAAAAGAGUUGGGAUCUUUUUGGACAAAUGUAGUUGAACAAAAAUUAAAGCUAUUUUGUGAAAGGC